UACAUUUCACGCUUAAAUGUUCUUUCGUCGAGGCGGGAAACUACUACUUUGUUUUUUUGUUUGUGUGAACGAACGGAGACCAACGCGCUUCCCUCCGAUCUCAUUUCCGUGCUGUGUAACGAUAACCACCGCACACCGCCGUAACAGAAUUCUUCAUCUGCCGCUGAGACAUUGUUGACUCUGUGAUUCACUCAUGGAUACAUACAGAAGAGGCUCAACAACUCCGUCAAAUGCAUCAUUCUCCGGGACAAAUGGAGUCUGUUUGAUGAGAAGUUCUUGGAAAGAGGAUCAACAUUCAUCCUUCAUUGACUUUAUCUCCACUUUCCUCUCUGCAAAUUCAUUUCGCCUUAAUUUUGUGCCAAUUGCUCCAGACUUUAUUUUCAAUUGUGGAGGUUUGUCUGUGGCCUUCAUUUUUGUGACAAACUGGGAUUGCAACAAUGUGGCUCCGAUCUUCAACAGAGUUCAGCGACUGAAGGCUCAAUUUUCACGUUUUUAUGCUGUUAUCACACUCCCAGGAAAAGAGGAAAUGGAUUCGUUUAUUGAGUCAUAUUUCAAAUUUAGGAUGGUGAUUGGCAAGCCUACAUUUAUACCCGUUAAGGACUUGGAGAUGGGGUUUGAAAAGAUGGUAAAAAUUGCCCAUUCUUCUGGAGUAUACAAGCAGGAGGGAAUUGAAGAAAAAUUUAAAGCUGAGAGGAAGCGGUUGGUGCAAGGAAUGAACUUUUACCUUAAAGUUGUUACAUCAAUCCCAGGCAUUGACAAUCACGAUGCAAAUGCGCUCAGUCAAGCUAUUGGUUCUGUCCAAGCAAUUGCCAAGGCAUCAAAAGAGCAAAUUCUGGAGAACACAGAUCUUUCCACUGACAAGGCAGAGAUGGUUUCAAGGUUUCUUAGGGAUCCAAAGUUUUACUUAAGUCCUAAGAUCAACUAAUCACAAAAUAACAAAGGAAUCCAGAUUUUAGUUUUAGUUUUGUGUGAAUAUACGAAAAGCAGCACUUUCAACUGUUUUAAUAUGGGAUUUAUG